GGCUGGCCUGCGGAGCCGCCUUUUGUGUGUUUCGCUCGGAGGUGCGGGGAAACCUCCCAGGCGUUCGCCGUUGCCCCGGCCCCUCCUCUCGACGUCCCCAGCCCCCCUGCUCCGCUCCGCGUGCCAGCUCGGGAUCGCUGGUUCGCUCCCCUCCGCGCCAGGAGGAGGGGCGAGGGCCGGCAGCCCCCUCCCCCGCGCGCGGCGCCCGAGAGGAGCGGAGCCGGGGAGACCCGCAGCCUCCGGUCAUGUGGGCCGGACUGCUCCUCCGGGCCGCCUGCGUCGCGCUCCUGUGGCCCGGGACCCCGGCCCGAGGCUACACUGGAAGGAAGCCGCCCGGGCACUUCGUGCCGGAGAGAGCCUCCAGCGGCUCAUCUGGUUAGCUCUGAGGAGCUUGGAACUGCGGCCCCUCGCCGGCCCCUCCCCCCAGGCUGCUGCCAAUAUCGCGCCAGCAAGGGGAUGGUGAGGCAUCACUGUCAGACACCCGCCGCCCCAUGGCUCCGGAGACGGUUUCCCUCAGGCUUUUCGGUACUGCCAUGCUCCCCCGAGCUUCCCUUUCCAGAUUCCACCACAUUUGCUACAGACGCCGGUUGGGCCCCCACGUCUGCCUCUCUGGCUUCGGGAGUGGCUGCUGCCCUGGCUGGGCACCCUCCAUGGGCAGUGGGCACUGCACCUUGCCUCUCUGCUCCUUUGGCUGUGGGAGUGGAGUCUGCAUCGCUCCCAAUGUUUGUUCCUGCCAGGAUGGAGAACAAGGGGCCACCUGCCCAGAAGCCCAUGGCCCCUGCGGAGAGUACGGCUGUGACCUUACCUGUAACCAUGGUGGCUGUCAGGAGGUGGCCCGAGUGUGCCCUUUGGGCUUUUCGAUGACAGAGACAUCUGUCGGCAUCACGUGUACAGAUAUCGAUGAAUGUCUGAGCGCGUCCUGCGAGGGCCACUGCGUGAACACGGAGGGCGGGUUCGUGUGCGAGUGCGGGCCGGGCAUGCAGCUGGCUGCCGACCGUCACAGCUGCCAGGACACUGAUGAGUGCCUGGGGACCCCGUGUCAGCAGAGGUGUAAAAACAGCAUUGGCAGCUACAAGUGCUCCUGCCGCCCUGGCUUCCAUCUCCAUGGCAACCGGCACUCCUGUGUAGAUGUGAACGAGUGCCGCAGGCCGCAGGAGAGGAGGGCCUGCCACCACACAUGCCACAACACCGUGGGCAGCUUCCUGUGCACCUGCCGGCCGGGCUUCAGGCUCCGAGCGGACCGCGUGUCCUGUGAAGCUGUGCCGAAAGCCGCGCUGGCCCCGUCUGCCAUCCUGCAGCCCCGGCAGCACCCCUACAAGAUGUCUCUGCUGCUGCCGGAGUCGGGCCGGCCUGCCCUGUCCCCAGGACACAGCCCUCCUCCUGGGGCCCCAGGGCCUCCGGCAGGAGCCAGGACCACCCGCCUGCCACCACCCACCCCGGCCCCGCCCACGCUGUCCCCUUCUGCUCCUACCUGGCUGCUCUCUACCCUGAUGGCCACCCCAGUGCCUAGCGCCUCGCUGCUGGGGACCCCCAGACCUCCCUCCUUCCUCCAGGGGGAGGCAGUGGGGACCCCUUCCUCACCAAGGGGCCCCGAGAGCCCAAGGCUGGCCACAGGGCCCUCUCCCUGCUGGCACCUGGGAGCCAUGUAUGAAUCAGGAAGCCACUGGACAGAGCCCAGGUGCUCCCAGUGCUGGUGCGAGGAUGGAGAGGUGACCUGCCGAGAGGUGAGAUGCGAAGCUGCCUGCUCCCACCCGCUUCCCCCCAGAGACGGCGGGUGCUGCCCCUUGUGCACAGGCUGUUUUCACAGUGGUGCCGUCAGAGCUGAAGGGGACGUGUUUUCCCCUCCCAGUGAGAACUGCACCGUCUGUGUCUGUCUGGCUGGAAACGUGUCCUGCAUCUCCCCCGAGUGUCCUCCUGGCCCCUGUGAGACCCUCCCACAGUCGGAUUGCUGUACUUGUGUCCCAGUGAGGUGCUAUUUCCAGGGCCGGUGGUACGCAGACGGGGCCGUGUUCAGCGGGGAUGGUGACGACUGUACCACCUGUGUCUGCCAGAAGGGGGAGGUGGAAUGUUCCUUCACGCCGUGUCCAGAGCUGGACUGCCCCCGAGAGGACUGGUGGCUGGGCCCCGGCCAGUGCUGCUUCACCUGCCGGAAGCCCACGCCCACCGCAGGCUGCUCUCUUGAUGACAACGGGGUUGAGUUUCCGAUUGGACAGAUCUGGUCACCUGGUGAUCCCUGUGAGUUAUGCAUCUGCCAGGCAGAUGGCUCGGUCAGCUGCAGGAAGACAGACUGCGUGGACUCCUGCCCGCACCCCAUCCGGAUCCCUGGACAGUGCUGCCCAGACUGUUCUGCAGGCUGCACCUACACCGGCAGAAUCUUCUACAACAACGAGACCUUCCCGUCGGUGCUGGACCCGUGUCUGAGCUGCAUCUGCCUGCUGGGCUCGGUGGCCUGUUCGCCCGUGGACUGCCCCAUCGCCUGCACCUACCCUUUCCACCCAGACGGCGAGUGCUGCCCCGUGUGCCGUGACUGCAACUACGAGGGAAGGAAGGUGGCGAACGGCCAGGUGUUCACCUUGGACGAUGAGCCCUGCACCCGGUGCACAUGCCAGCUGGGAGAGGUGAGCUGUGAGAAGGUCCCCUGCCCGCAGGCCUGCCCCGACUCCGCCCCACGCCCUGGGGACUGCUGCUCCUCCUGCCCAGAUUCCGGCCUUCCUCUGGGAGAAACCCGGGUGCUCACCCCUCAUGGAGACGUGACCUUGGGCAAAGCUGCUCGGAGCCCCCGUGGAGACACCCAGGUGCCCACCAACUGCAGCUCCUGCCCGGGACCCUCGCCAGCGGUGCCUCCAAGGCCAGCGCUCCACCUCCUCCAGCUCCUCCUAAGGACAAACUUGUCCAACAGGCAGACUUUACCCUCGGGCCCCUCAAAAGCCCAGGCCCCACCCUCACCUCCCCUGAGGCCGGGGGAUACUUUUCCGGGGGAGCCCAGAGCCUCCCAGCGCCCUUGGCUCUCCCCAGGACCUUCCACACCUUCAGAACCCUCCACUCUACCUCCAACCUCUCCAGGGGCCCGUUGGCCACUUCCUGUUACUCCAGAGCGCUCCUCCUCAGCCUCUGGGGCCCAGACAGUGUCCAGGAGGCCUCUGCCUGCCAGCCUCUUGACUGAAGCGUCAGCACCUUCCACGAUGGCCCCUGGCCCCUCAGAGACCCCCACCACCUCCCUCGGGCCUCACAGACUCUCAGCAGCCCUUGUGGCUACCACUCGCCCUGGCCCCCAGCAGCCCACAAAGGGGACUUCGAGGGAGGAAGAAUCCACCGUCUAAGCUGGUCACCAUGCCUGGGAGACCCCAGACAGAACGCUCUACUAGUGGCCCAGGAAGUGUGCAGGGCAGCCCCCGGGCAGCCCUGGCAGAGGACACCAGGGCUCGGCUCUCACAGGGCUCCUGGUGGGGAUGCAGACCCCCAAGGCCGAACGUGACCUUGUUACUGAGAAGCAUUUGGAAUGUGCCGUAGGAACCACACAGCUGGUGUUCUCCGUGCCAGCCAGCAGCCUUCCUGGACGUGGGCCGGCCUGUCUUUGGAGAAAGGUUGGGUGUGCCGAGCCUCGGGGAGGAGCCACAGGGGCCUGGCCGGCUCACCUUCCCUGAGGUUCCUGAUUAAAGGUGUCUCGUUUCCCCAGGCUCCCCGCUCAUUUGCAUCUCGCCCUGUGGGCAGGUGGGAACAGUGCCCCACGUCUGCAGGUGGUGAAGCCCCGGCUGCCAUCCUGACCCCCUGCUGGGGAGGGAAGCUUGCCCCACCCUGCGGCCUCUGAUGCUGGGGGACUCUCAAAGGCAGAAGGGGAAAGAUGGGGGCAAGGGCUUUGCAGAUGGGGGUCCCGGGCAAGGCCCCGCUGAGAUGGAUGAGUAGGAGGGUGUGUUCCCGGCAGGACCAUCAGUAGGGGUGGGCGGUGGGGGGGACGGCUGCAGUCUCAGCCAUUCUCCUCUGGGUGCCCUGAGACUGGGUUGGCCUGCAGGGUUGUCCAGGGCUGGGGCAAGGGCACAGGGCUGGUGCCCCAUGUGGAGUAUAGUUUUAUCUGGGCUGUCCCAGGGGAGUGAGCUGCGGCAGCUCUGCAGCCAGGGCAAUGCCCUCUGAGGGUUGGUGGCUGACAGUUGCCAAUCACAGCCUUCUUAGCAGCUGCAGAAACAAAUCCUUUGAUCCUGAAGAGGCGUCUGGGUGGUGUAGCACAGUGUCCGUGACAGGUGGGGACAGGAUGCUGCCAUCGAACAGGAGGAGGAGCCCUGGAGGGCGGAGCUCCCUGGAAGGGCUGCUGAGUGAGCUGCAAGCGGUCCACACCCCAUCCCUGCGGGACCACCCUCUCCUUAGCCCUUCCAGGCUGCUCACUAUAUCCCAGGGUGACAGAUCUGCCCAAGUGGCUCCUGGGUGUCCAGCCCAGGUGCGGGGGUGCUGGGCCUCAGUAUCCCUGGGGUUCGCUCCAGGACCCCGUGGACACCAACCUCCUGGGAUGCUCAGUCCCACAAGAAGUGCAGCAGCAUCUGCGUAUAAGCCCCGCUGUCCUCUCGUGCUCAUCUCUGGGUUGCUUAUCAUGCCUGCUACGUGUGUUAUGUAAAUAGUUGUCAUUUGUUGUGCUGUAUUCAGGGGAAACAAGAAACAAAAGGUCCGUCCAUGUUCAGUACGGGUGCGACUUUUCGGGGAUAUUUUUGGUGGGUGGUUGGUUGAGUCUUCAGCUGUGGCAUCUGAAGGCCGACUGUCCACUGGCAGGAGGAGCUGGAGUCAGGAGCACGGGAGCCAGGCAGGAGUAAAGGCCGUGCGAUUGUCUUGUCCAGCCAGACAGGGUGGUGGCCGAGAGUGAGGUCUGGGGUGCCCCAGAGCCCCACUCAGCCCUGCGCGGCUGAUGACUGGCCGGGGGAUCGGCGGAGGGAUCGGCGGAGGGAUCGGGGCUCUGUGGGGAGUGGGGACGAUCAUAGUCCCACCACAUGCCACAGUGCCUCCGUGAGACUCAGGUCUGUGCUGGUGGCCCCGAGGGCCCGAGCGUCCUGCGGUCCCGGCUGCCUGACACCACUCAGAUCACCCGGUCUCGGGAUGAAAGCCCACAACAGCCACCGCUUCGUGUCGCAGCUUCUCAAGAAAGGCUGGCGUGGAGACGGUAGAGGCCAGAGGCUGUUGCCAGUCUCCCCGUCGCUCUCCCUCCAUUCAAUAAAGACUCA